GGCUCACACAGGCUGUGGCUUUAAGGCUACACCAGAGAGGGAAGUGCUGGUGGUUAAAGUGCUUGCUGGCUGGUCUGGCAAGAGGGCAUGGCUGGAAGCAUAAAUGGACCUGGACAAGUGAUGCAGACUUACUUCCAGCAUCAACACUGCCAUCCACAACAACAACGAACUCUCCUGAAGCUCACAUGACAUGCGGUGUGCAGCAGUUCCACUGUAAGUACACCGGGCGCUGCAUCAGCAUCAGAUGGAAGUGUGAUGGAGACAAUGACUGUGGAGACUUAUCCGAUGAAGAGGAGUGUGCAUCAACACUGCCAUCCACAACAACCACAAACUCUACUGCGGGUUCUUCUACACUCUUCAUCACCACAUCAGAGUCGACAAAUGCCUCUUCUGCAGUGUCCAUACUUCACAACGAGACCCAAUUGGCCUCCACAAGUUAUAUUUCUCAGCCCCAGCUGGUGGUCUCUUCUACAGAGAGAGGGUCAGUACAGCUGAACUGUCAGACUCCGUCUGCUGGAGUAUCUCAGUGUUAUUUCUAUCCAGAGAGAAAUUAUACAAAUCUAAAAUCACCAUCCUGUCAGCUCUCACUCACUGGCUCUGACCUGACCAGGUGGACAGGACACAGUUACAGGUCACCUGAACCAGUCAGAGUUAUUUGUUACUACACUGUGAGUGAAUCAGGAGUUUCUAAACCUUCUCCUCACUCUCUACCAGCUACAGUCACAGUCCUGGGUAAGAAACCAUCAGUGAGUGUCGACUAUGACAGUCAGUAUGAAGAGAUCAUAGCUGUGUGUGUAAUACCGCUGUCAGGGUCAGUAAGAGCUGAUUUUAGAUGUAGUCUCUACACUGGACACCUGCUGUUCCUAAAGGGAGAAUCUAGAAAAAGGAACUCUGGGAUGUGGAGCUGCAGUUUUACAGCAUCUAAAACUGACCUAUUGAAUCGUCUGCGGUCAGUAAAGAGCAGAGAAGUGAGCUGUGAUUAUUCUCUAAUCUCUGACCCGUCCAUCCGCUCUCCAAUGAGUGACUCAUAUGAUAUAUUGAAAUGGAUUCCUGUAUCGACGCAGUCGUCCAUAACAGAAGAGAAAUCUACUGCAGUUUCUUUAGUUUCCUCCACACGUCUCACCACCACAAAAAGCACAACAACUACUGCGCCACUUUCAACAGGGUCACCUGCAGUUCCCAGUUCGUCUGCUGUGACCAAAAUGCCCAGUACAGCCACAGUUUCACCUGCCGGUGUCCCAGUCUCUACUACGACAGCAGUGCCUUCAUCCACUGCUCGAACUCAAACUACCAGGCACUAUGCUGAUUACACCUCAUCACAACCACAGAAUCCCACAGUAAAGGGAGUAACAGAGAAUGCCUCCUCAGAAAAACCUUCUACAGCAGGUUCAACAGUGCAUGAUAAGCCUUUUACUUUCAGAACACUGCUUGUGGUAGUGCUGUCAGUAAUCAGUGCCAGUCCUGUACUGGUUGGACUGGUCAUCUUUCUCUGCAAGAAGCAGAGGACUGCCAGGUUAGAAACUCUCCGGCGUAAAGUCACUUCGACCAGCGGAGAUCGGGGAGACAUGAUGGCCAUGCUCAGCGUGGAGGAAUGCAGUCCAGGAGCUGCUGGAACCUACUCUCUGAUCACCACCGUGCCUACGCCCUCCAAGCCAUCAGGAAGUACAAUACCCAUUCAAAAUUGGGAUGAUUCUGAUCCACAAGCUGAGACAUACUCUGAGAUCACCUCAACAGCAGCUCCGCUUGAGCCCCCAGGUCCCAGUGAAAAGAGAAAAGAAGACUCUAAGACUGAGAGUGACGUGUAUCACACAUACUGCACCAUCCCUGACAUCCCUGUGGCCUCCAGACAGAACGAUUCGUUCUACAGCCUCAUACAGAAGCAAUGAUACUUUUACCCACUGUCUUCUAUAUUUCACAGUAUUAGAACUCCAGAAUCAACAUUAUCUAUUGCUUGUUACUUGUAAUUAGUUAAGGGUUUGUGUAAUACAUGCUUUAAUAUACUAAGUUCUAUAUUAUUUUGUACUUGUAUAAAAUGUGUUGGCAUGUCUUAUCCAGAACUUCUUUUGUUAUGCUGUUAGAGAUCUUAGAAAAGAAUAAAACAACCAGUAAACCGCCGAAAUAAGUACAAUAAAGUGCACUACAGUUUA